AGUCCUACCGGUCAAUCUGCGUGUUUUUUACCUUUUUUACUUUGCCAAAUCGAACAAACUAUUCUAGACCCGGUCUAGUAUAGUUUGACCGGUCAAGUAAUUUACACCAUCAUUUUUGGCACCACCCGUGGGACCGUUAAGGUUUCUUCUCUUCUAAAACCUACCCACAAGAAAAGCACUCGAAAUGUCUUCUAGCCAACAAAUCAACGCUACCUCCACUCAGGUGCAUGCCACCAACGAGGGUACCAGCAUCCCUGCGGCUGCUACCAUACCGGUCAUUUCAGCCCCUGUGUUGCGUCUGGGCCUGAGCUCUGUCCCGACGGCCAGCGUGAUCAGUCCCUUCGCGACCCCCGUCCCUUCCGCUGGACCGAGGGUCACGUUCCCACCAAGCAUGACUCAGUUCAUGAAUGACCCAGCCAACCUACAAGCCAUCCAGGGCUUCGGUCAGGUCAUGGCCAUGUGCCAGCAGAAUGGGGGGAUGCCUUUUCUCCCUGGUAUGUUCCCGUUCGCUCUUCCAGGCGCGGGAACCAUGCCCCUGCAAGCUCCAAUGGCGGUGACGUCAUUCCAGACGCCGAUGCCGCAGCCACCACCUUUCCAGCCCCAGCUGGUCAGCACCAUGACCCCUGUCAACUUGGCCGACGCACUUAACGCUGCAGGGCCGUCGCGUCCCCCGCAAGCUACGGAUCCGCAGAUCACUCCUGAUGCGACCUUCCGAAACUUCGCCUUCGAAAGGCUGGGGGAUAGGGAGGAAGGCCAGAGGAAGUCAGCCAAGCAAAGGCUGGGGCAGAGCGUUGCCCAUGUCAGCGCGUUCGCCCGGCUAGGCGAGGUGCGGGAGGCCGAGCCUGCCCGUACCCGGCGCUCCUGGUCUAACCGGCAGGAGCCAGCAAGGACGAGGGCCUCUCGUCAGGAAGAGGAAGCAGAGAGCCAGCCCAGGUUACCGGUGGCGAACCGGUUGACCAUCCCAAAUGACCGCGUCGAGCAGAUGGAGGCAAAACUAGAAAGGCUGGAGAAGAAGGUCGGAGAGAAGAUCGACCGGGACAAACCCUUGGCGGGGUCCCCGUUCACCACAAGGGUCCAUCUGAAACCUUUCCCGCGAAAGGUCAAGAUCGACGCCCCCAGAUUCACCGGGAAGGAAGAUCCGGAAAUCCAUCUGGAUUCCUUCAACCAGAGUGCGACCAUGAACGGUUGCACCGAGGAAGAAAAGUGCCUUCUUUUCUUCCAGACCUUGCGGAACCGAGCCACUGAAUGGUUCAAUAAGCUUCGCCCGGGAAGCAUUGAUUCGUUCAGUGAUUUGGCCUCAAUGUUCAAGGCCAAGUUCCAGGAGAAUUGUACUAAGAGGAAGAAAUUCACCUAUCUUAGUACAGCCGGGCAGAGGGAGUCUGAGAACCUUACUCAGUUCCUUACCCGGUGGAAGGAAGAGGUAGACAAGGUGGAAGAGAUGGAUGACAAGACCGUCUUAUCCCUCCUCUUGAAUGGCUUGCGUGCUAGGGAACUAUACAAGGAGUUCUGCCAGAAACCCCCAGCCACGUAUCAAGAGGCCUACCACACCGCAUGGGAGUUUGCUGAGGCUGAAACCCAGCUCCGGGCAAAAAGAGAAGCUGAGCAUGGUCACAAGCCCAGGCCGGUGCAAGUCAAGAAGGAAGAAGCACCGGGACCUAGCCGGCCGAGGCACCACUAUGACCCGGUCAUCCGAGUGGUCAAUAUGGAAGAAUGCCAAGAAGUCCGGAAAGCACCGGUCAUUCCUCCAGAAAACCCUACCGGUCAAGUAGGGCGGCAGUGGUCAGGCACCUAUUGUUCGUACCACAGGCCAGAUUCCCAUAACACCUCCGAAUGCAAAAGUGUUAAGGGGGUCAUCCGGCAGAUGAUCGACAGUGGAGAGCUGGGCAAAGAUUACUUGCAGAAAGCCCAGGAGAAGAGUCAUCAAUGGGUUAGGCCGAGUGCCCCAGAGGAUGACCGGGACAACGACCGGCGGAGGAAUAACCGGCCAAGGGAGCGGAAACCUGCUCCCGAAAAAGAGCACAUCGGCAUGAUCUUUGGCGGACCCGAGGGUGGAGAUUCAGCCGCGCAGCAGAAGAACUGGGUCCGGAGCAUUUACGUUGGAGAGGUAAGUGCUGAACCGCCCAGGCGUAAACAUACUAGGAGGGAGCCUAUCUUCUUUACUGACCGGGAUCUCCCUCCUACCGGUGAAGAUCACAAUGAUCCAUUGGUCAUCACCAUGGACAUUAAUGGGGUGGAUGUCGCCCGGGUACUUGUUGACACCGGCAGUAGUGUCAACAUCUUAUACCUGGAGACCUUCCAAAAACUCAGGUUGUGUCGAACACAACUUGAACCCCUUAAAACCCCUCUCUCAGGCUUCACGGGGGACACCGUUGAAGCUGAAGGAUCCAUAGUUCUACCGGUCGAACUAGGAUCAGGUGAAAAGACCGUGUGGAAGAAGAUGCGGUUCAUAGUUGUGGACAUCAAAUGCGUCCACAACACAAUUCUUGGAAGGCCAGGCAUCAAUAGAGUAGGGGCGGUGAUUUCCAUGCCUCAUCUAUGCAGGAAGUUCCACACUCCAGGUGGUGUGGGUGAGGUGAAGGGUGACCAGAGGAACGCCCGGGAGUGCUAUGCCUGGGCAGUCAAGAAAAUGACCAAGGGGGUCAAUGUCAUCUCCCAAGAGAUCACAAAGGGAGAGACUCGGGAGAAAUUGGAGCCCGAGGCCGAGACGGUGGAAAUUGAACUUCACCCGGGUGAUUCUUCGAGGGUGGUCAGAAUUGGAGCAAAUCUCCCCGAGGAUCUUAAGGCACAGAUUACACGGGUCCUCCAAGAAUACGCGGGCAUAUUCGCAUGGAGCGUGGCGGAUAUGCCCAGGAUAGAUUGCUCUGUUAUCUGCCAUCGGUUGGCCGUGAGGGAGGGAAACCUACCGGUCGACAAGCCCAUUGAGCAAUGGUGGGAGAUGGCAGUUGAUGGGGCAUCUGGUCCUAGAGGAUACAGGGGAGGUAUCGUGUUCACCACCCCAGAAGGGUUCAAGAUCUACCAUGCAAUCGUCUUCAACUUCAAGCUGACGAACAAUGAGGCAGUGUAUGAAGCUCUGGCUAGAGGGCUCAGACUUGCCCAAGCCCUGAAAAUCAGCCGGGUCAGUAUCAAAUCUGACUCUAGCCUGAUAGUUGGGCAGGUGACCGGUAACAUGGAAGCAAGGGAAGGACGCAUGGCACAAUACAAGGACCUUGUACUUGCCCUGUUGAAAGGCUUCGAAGAGUUCAAGAUCGCCCGAAUCCCCCGGGCGGAAAACGCGGAUGCAGACCUUCUCUCCAAAUUGACGUAGUAUGCUCCCGAGCACGUUUCAAAACUUGCCCGGGUAGAGAUUCUUGACCGUGCAAGCAUCGAAAAAUUGGAAGUCGCCGCUAUAACGGCCGGUAGCCAAUUUGACCGGUCAAACUUGGUCGGGGCGGACGACCAUUGGAUGUAUGAUCUAAUGGAAUAUUUAAUGGAUGGGAGCUUGCCAGAACAAGAUGACCGGGCAAGAAAAGUGAAGCUCAGGG